AUGUGCCGUCUUCUCGCUGCCGAACUGUUCCUCCGCUGCCAGCACAUCCAGCCCUGCCACCUGAAGCACCCUCUGCAGCGAUGCCAUGCCCCCCGCGGCCAGCGCUUCCGCAACCCCGACGCCGCCACCAAUCCAGGCCGCGUCCCUUCUCGAGCCUGCCCGGAGGAGCACUGGCGCACCGCCACGAUCGAGGUCGACGGCUACUGUCCCGCCUGCACGCAGCAGCGAGAAGAAACAAGGCUGUUGCUGCAGUCCUCCUUCAACCGGGAAGAAACUGGAGACGACGCCGGAGCCGGAGACGGAGUCGAGAACGAGGACGAGGACGCUGGGCUAGAGGAGCAGCAGAUCGCGGGCGAAGUGAAGGAGUAUAGCUGUGGCCACAGACGGGUGCGGAUGGACCCAGCAGUGCUCCAGCGAUUCUCAGACGACCCCGACCCCGACCACCCCGACGCCGAAGACCAGCACGAAAGAGGAGCAGCUCAGGAGCAAGAGCACGCCGGAGACGACACUCGCGCCGUCGAGCGGUGUCUGCGGUGGGACAAGCUGCGGUUGCGCGUGGAGCUGGCUGUGAAGCGAGGUAGCUGUUCGUAUCGCUACUUCACACAGCGCGAAGAGCAGAGAAAGCCAGCGAACGUCGACUUGGACUUUCUUCCGCUUCUUCGACUUCGACUUCGACUUCAACCACGCUGGACAGAACGGACAUCCAGACAGAACAGACAGCCAGACAGACAUACAGCUAGACUGCAAGACGACUCGAUUUACGCUGCUCGACCUGUCUUUUUUUUUUUUUCUCUUUGCUUCACUUUGCUUAUCCUGGUAUGUCGUGUGCUGCUGAGGGCUGCCUGUCCACCCCGUGGGAUUCUUCAGAAGACGGCGAUGAGAAAAGAAGACGAGAAGAAGAAAAAGAUAAAGAAGAGACAGCGAAGAAGAGAUAGAGAAGAGAAGCUGACGGUCACCUACACCACCGUCGCCCAGGGCUCGUACCGCUUCGCCUUCGUUGCGGCCGCUGCUACCUACGGCAUCGUCGUCUACAAGGGCUACGUUGCCCGCGGCCGGCUCGGAGGCAGCAUUCCAAACGACAUCAUCAAGCUUGCCGGCGACGAGAACGUCCAGUAUCUCGGAAUGGCCCUUGUCUGGCUGUGCUCGCGCCAGCUGCUCUUCGCCCUGCUCCCCUUCGCUAUCUACUCCUUCUUCCACGUCGCCACAUACACCCGCACGUACCUGAUCCCGACUUUCCAGCCCUCCCCUGAUGCCGGUCCAGCCUCGCCCUCCGGCAGACCGGCCGCCGCCAAAUCAUCCCCCCUGGCAGAUCAGAUCGGCCGUUUCGUCAAGACAUACUACGACACCAGCAUGGCCAUGGUUGCCGCCCUGGAGCUCUCGCUGCUGAUCAGACUGAUUUUCACCGCCUUGACCUUUAGCAGUGGAAGCUGGCUGCUGCUCGUCAUCUACUUCUGGUUCUUCCGCUCUCGGUACACGCAGAGCUCGUUCGUCCAGGCCGUGGUCGCCCAUUCGACGGCCAGGAUCGAUGCCAUGCUCUCCCACCAGAGUACCCCGCCAGCUGUCCGCCAGGGAUGGGAGGUUGUCAAGAAUGCGGUUCGACGGCUGUACACCGUUACCGACCUGAAGCCAUAUCUCGCUCGAUUCCAGCAGCAGCAGGGUCCCGGCAAGAAGCCACAGUAG